UUGGGCACCCCCAAUCUCUCUCUCUCUCUCUCUCUCUCUCACUCUUCGUGUCGUCCAUCGGAGUUAGGUUUCCAUAUCAGGUGAAUCAUGUUGUUGAAGAAAAACCCUAGAUCGCAAUUCCGUGUCUGUUUGAUGUAAUUAUUGCUGGGUUUGUAUGUGAAUGGGGUUCAAUCUUCAUCGCUGAGGCCCGAGUUAGAAUUUUAGGGCUGUUUUGCAUCAACCUAAUAGACUGUUGAAGUGGGGUUUUAAAAUUAUUAUGGAUAGUAACAAGGACGAGGCUUUAAGAUGCAUUGGUAUUGCCAAAGAGGCAAUUGCAUCGGGUAAUCAGCAACGUGCACUCAAAUUCAUUGGGAUUGCGCGGCGGCUUAACAACAGUUUGUCGGUGGAUGAUCUUUUAGCCGCAUGUCAAAAUCUGGAUUCGUCAUCCUCUAGGCCGUCAAUUGAUGAAAAGGUGGAUACUGCUAAGAAUGUUUCGGAUAAGGGUAAAUUUGAUGAUGUUUCCAAUGGGGAGCGUAAUUAUACUGAAGAACAUGUGCAGUUGAUCAGGCAAAUUAAGAGAAAUAAGGACUAUUAUGCGAUUCUUGGUGUGGAAAAGAGUUGUUCGGUUGAGGAGAUUAGGAAGGCGUAUAGGAAAUUGUCUUUGAAAGUUCAUCCCGAUAAGAACAAGGCGCCGGGGUCUGAGGAGGCGUUUAAAAUGGUUAGCAAGGCAUUCAGUUGCUUGAGUGAUGAUGACUCGAGGAGACAAUAUGACCAGACAGGUUUGGUUGAGGAAUUUGAGUACAACCAGCAACAUAAUGUUAGGCGAAGGAGGAGGAGGACUGGGAAUGAUAUGUUUGAUGAUGAUUUUGAUCCUAAUGAGAUAUUCAGGGCAUUCUUUGGUCAGGCUGACAUGUUUAGGACGGCUCAGGUUUACAGAACGAGAGGAACAGCUGGUCAACAGAGGGACGAUUUUGGUGGAUCUGGACCUAAUCUGAUGCUGCUUCUUCAGCUAUUACCAUUUUUGAUAAUUAUCUUGCUCGCUUAUUUGCCGUUUUCAGAACCCGAUUAUUCUUUGCAGAGGAAUCAUUCCUAUCAGUUUCAGAAGAUUACUGAGGAACAUGGAGUGGAGUUUUACGUUAAAUCACCUGAGUUUGAUCAAAAUUAUCCCCUUGGAAAUCCUGCUCGAUCUAACAUUGAGAACAAUGUGAUCAAGGAUUACAAAAAUAUGCUUGGGCGCUAUUGCCAUGUUGAACUCCAGAGGCGUCAAUGGAGCAGAAAUUUUCCAACACCUCACUGUGACAGGCUACAAAAUUUUGGAGUUGUGUGAAGGUUUUGGAUAGAAUCUUGAAGCUCACUGGUGCAAUUUCAUUACAAGAUUAUGAGCCUGAUCAUUAUAUGGGCUCAAGGCAGUGGCAGCUACUUAAUACAGAGUACUAGGGUUUAGUUGCACCUAUACGACCAGGCAUUUGGCUUUUGUGUCAUCAACUUUUUGGCCAUGCACCCAUCUUGCAUGGACAUCCGGAACUGUUUGAAGGAGAUUGUUGAACGACCAAAAUGCACUUCACUUUUUAUUUACUGUAAUAAAGUGAGUUUGGUAGUUUUCCCUCAUAGCUCAUGUAUUGAUUGCCUAACAAGCUGCAUAAACAUAAGUAAAAUCAAAACUAUUUAGUUUAUAAUAAGAUAAGAUGAGCUUAAAGUUAUUUUGCAUUUUCUGUUAUUGAGCUUUAGAGAUGUUUUCAUAUUUGCUCCUUUGUUUAAGUACCUUGGAGAGGUAUGAGAUGUAACCUUUCUAUGUGCCCGUUGCCCAUGCAAUAUUUUGUAGAGGUGUCUCAUAAGAUAUGGAUUCUCGGUUCUCUCUCUUGUCAUGUCGUACAAUAUCCUGUAAAUUGUUUAUCAAGUGUUGAGAUAUAUUGUGGAUUAUCAUCUCUACUUUAUAUUGGCAAAUUGUUG